CACAGGAGUGAGCGGCGCACCGGGGCUGCAGCGCUACUAUAUAAGCCCUGUGUGUGAGGGGUGUGAGCACUCUGUCUCCCCGGCAGCGCACUGAGCAGCAGCAGCAGCGGGCACCUUACUCACACAUGUAAGUCCCAAAGUUGCUCCCAGCCCUACAGUAAAGCCAUUGGCUUCCUUUCCUUCUCAUGGAUGCUGUUUCCAUUUGGAUGUAAAACUGCACCCAGUGUUCAAGAAUAAAGAGACAAAGAAGAAAAUUACCAAAGUUUAACAUUUCAAAGAAACAAAAAGACACAAGAACCUGCCAGAAGUGGACAUCAAAAUGGGGGUUCCCAUACAGGUGUAUGCCUGUCUAAUUUUUCUCCUAAGUGCGGAGGUAAACUGUGGUCUUGUCAGAAAAAUUAUUCGUCAGAAAAGGGAAAGUGGUCUAAACAUUUCCCUUCCAGAAGAUAACCAGCCCGUUGUUUUUAACCACGUGUACAAUAUUAAUGUCCCUAUGGGUUCCUUGUGUUCAGUUGACUUGGAUCCAACAAGCACAAAAGAUAAUGAGCUCUCUCCAGAAGUUGGCAAGAACUACCAGGAGCAUAAUUUAAAUGGUGAAAAUCAAAUAGUUUUUACUCACCGUAUCAACAUUCCUCGAAGAGCAUGUGGCUGUGCAUCGGCCCCUGAUAUCAAGGACCUUCUGACCAGGUUGGAAGAGUUAGAAGGACUGGUAUCAUCUCUUAGAGAGCAGUGCACUACAGGGGCUGGAUGCUGUUCUAGUGCACAAGGUGUUCUAGAAACCAAACCUUAUUGCAAUGGACGUGGCAAUUACAGUUCUGAAGCAAAAGCGUGUAUUUGCGAACCUGGAUGGACUGGGCUCAACUGCACAGAAAUAAUGUGUCCUGGGCAAUGCAAUAAUAGGGGUGUGUGUGUGAACGGUGCAUGUGUGUGUAGCCCAGGUUUCUUUGGGGAGGACUGUAGUGAGGUGGCUUGUCCAGAUGACUGCAAUGACCAGGGUAAAUGUGUCAAUGGCCGUUGUGUUUGCUUUGAGGGCUAUGGAGGAGAAGACUGCAAGGAAGAGGUAUGCCCAUUACCCUGUGGUGAACAUGGCAAAUGUGUGAAUGGACAAUGUGUGUGUGAUGAAAAUUUUAUAGGGGAAGACUGCAGUGAGCCUCGCUGCCCAAAUAACUGUAACAAUCGUGGACGUUGUGUGGAUAAUGAGUGUGUCUGUGAUGAUCCCUACACGGGAGAGGACUGCAGUGAACUUAUAUGCCCCAACGACUGCUUUGAUCGUGGCCGAUGUGUGAAUGGAGUAUGCUAUUGUGAAGAGGGGUUUACUGGAGAGGACUGUGGUCAACUUGCUUGCCCCAAUAACUGCAACAACCAUGGCCGCUGUGUGAAUGGAUUAUGUGUCUGUGAAACUGGCUAUACUGGAGAUGACUGCAGUGAACUUGCUUGUCCAGACAACUGCAAUAACCGCGGGCGCUGUAUAAAUGGUCAGUGUGUUUGUGAUGAAGGUUACACAGGAGAAAACUGUGGAGAACUAAGAUGUCCAAAUGAUUGUAACAACAGAGGGCGUUGUGUUAAUGGGCAGUGUGUAUGUGAUGAUGCCUACAUAGGAUCUGAUUGUUCUGAUCUUAGAUGUCCUAAUGAUUGUAAUAACAGAGGCCGCUGUGUUAAUGGACAAUGUGUUUGUGAUGAAGGAUUCAUAGGGGAUGAUUGUGGUGAGCUUAGGUGCCCUGAUGACUGUAACGAUAGGGGGCGAUGUGUUAAUGGACAAUGUGUGUGUGAUGAAGGAUAUACAGGCUUAGACUGUGGGGAGCUUAGGUGUCCAAAUGACUGUAAUAACAGGGGACGAUGUGAAAAUGGACAGUGUGUGUGUGAUGAAGAAUUUACGGGUGAAGAUUGUUCUGAACUGAGAUGCCCCAAUGACUGUAACAACAGGGGUCGCUGUGUUAAUGGACAGUGUGUGUGUGACACUUUAUUCAUGGGUGAUGACUGUGGUGAACUGCGCUGCCCUGAUGACUGCAAUAACAGAGGACGCUGUAUUGAUGGGCAAUGUGUGUGCGAUGAAGGAUUUACAGGGGACAACUGUGCUGAACUAACCUGCCUUGAUAAUUGCCAUAACCAAGGCCGUUGCAUUGAUGGACAGUGUGUCUGUGAUGAAGGUUUCACUGGAGACUUCUGCUCAGAAGUUUCUCCACCAAAGGACUUAAAGGUGAUUGAUGUGACGACAAAAACCAUGAAUCUUGAAUGGCAAAACAAAAUGCGAGUCAAUGAAUAUCUUGUUUCAUAUGUUCCUACCAGCCCUGGAGGGUUGGAGCUUGAUUUUAGAGUUCCAGGGGACCAAACAGCUGCCACUAUUAGAGAACUUGAACCUGGGGUGGAGUAUUUUGUACGUGUAUAUGCAAUCCUCAGAAAUCAGAAGAGUAUUCCUGUGAGCGCAAGGGUAUCGACUCACCUCCCAACUACAGAUGACUUAAGGUUUAAAUCUGUGAGAGAAACAUUUGUUGAUGUGGAAUGGGAUCCACUGGACAUUUCUUUUGAUACUUGGCAACUCAUCUUCAGGAACACAAAAGAGGAGAAUGGCGAGAUAACCACCAGCUUAGAAAGACCUGUCACAUCUUUUGUGCAAACUGGACUUGCACCAGGGGAGACCUAUGAAGUGUCUAUACAAGUUGUUAAAAACAAAACCCAAGGGCCACCCUUAACUAAAGUGACCACCACAAGAUUGGAUGCACCAAGUCAGGUUGAAGUAAAUGAUGUUACUGAUACUUCUGCUUUAAUAACCUGGGUUAAGCCCCUGGCAGAAAUCGAUGGUAUUUCGUUGUCUUAUGGAACUGAGAAUGAGCCAAUAACCACUGUGGAACUGACUGAGGAUGAAACACAGUAUUCAAUGAAUGGUUUACGACCGGACACAGAAUAUGAAGUAACACUUAUCUCUCGACGCAGAGAAAUGACAAGUUCCCCAGCAACCGAGACUUUCACAACAGACCUGGACACUCCAAAGAACUUGCGACGGGUCUCAAAUACGGAUUCCAGUAUAACUUUAGACUGGAAAAACAGUCAAGCCAAUGUUGAAUAUUACAGAAUUAAGUAUGCACCACUCUCUGGGGGAGACCAUGAGGAAACUAUAGUACCCAGAAGCAAUGAAGCUACCAGCAAAACAACACUGACAGGGUUGAGACCUGGAACUGAGUAUGGAAUAGGGUUGACAGCUGUGAAGCAAGACAAAGAAAGUUUGCCAGCUACAAUCAAUGCUGCAACUGACCUUGAUGCUCCCAAGGAUUUGGAAGUUACUGGGGCCACUGAAACAACCUUAGACCUAAGAUGGAAACUACCUGUAGCUAAGUUUGACCACUAUCGCCUCACUUAUACAUCAACUACUGGUGAGAAGGAAGUUCAGGUCCCAGGAAAUGCCAUCACUCAUAAACUCAGUGGGCUUGAACCUGGCAAAGAAUACAGUCUAUCUCUUGUAGCUGAGAAAGGAAGACACAAGAGCAAGCCUGCCAGCGUGGUUGGUAGAACUGAAGAGCCACGUGAACUGGGGAGUUUAUUGGUGUCCCAAAUAAGCUGGGACUCUUUCAAGCUCACAUGGAUAGCCCCAGAUGGCAACUAUGAGAAAUUUGUUAUCCAGGUUGAGGACUCUGAACACAGAGAAGAACCUAAGAACAUAAUAAUACCUGGAGAACUGCGAUAUUUAGAAGUGCCAGGACUUAAGCCAGAAACUAAAUAUCAGAUCACACUACAUGGCGUAAUUCAGGGAUCUAACACUAAACCUCUCUUUGGUGAAGCAAUUACAGAAAACAUUCCAGAAGUUGGUGAUUUAGCUGUCUCUGAUGUCACUACAAACAGCUUUGAUCUGUCAUGGAAAGCAACCUCGGAUUCAUUUGAAGAAUUUGUUAUUGAAGUGAUUGAUACCAACAGGUUAUUUGAACCAAUAACACUGAAUGUCUCAGGCAACCUCAGAACAUCAUCUGUCUCUGGACUGUUACCAAAGACAGAUUACAGCAUCAGCCUCUUUGGCAUUGUCCAUGGUCUGCGCACACAGGCCAUAAGUACUUCUGCUACCACAGAGCCAGAGCCUGAGGUUGGCAAUCUUCUAGUUUCCAAAAUAACUUCAGACAGUUUCCACCUAUCAUGGAACGCUGAUGAGAGUGGUUUUGACAAUUUUAUACUUAAAAUAAGGGAUGCCAAACAGCAGUUUGAGCCUAUAACUCUAACUGUCCCUGGCAGUGAACGUUCUUCAUUGGUAACAGGAUUGAGAGAUGGUACAGAGUAUGACAUUGAACUGGUCGGCGUUGCCAGUGGUCAACGCUCUCCUCCCAUAAAAGGAAUGGCAACUACAGCUCUAGGCUCUCCUAAAGGACUUUCAUUCUCUGAUAUAACUGAAAACAGUGCUAAAGUUACCUGGGUAGCACCAAGGAUCAGGGUGGAAAAAUUCCUGAUCACAUAUAUUCCUGUGUCUGGAGGUUCUCCUAACACUGUGGAAGUAGAUGGGUCUAAAACUCAGUCAACUUUGGUAAAUCUCCAUCCAGGUGUAGAAUAUAUUGUGUCUAUUGUAUCUGUGCAAGGAAGCGAAGAAAGUGAGCCAGCUUCUGGGACUUUCACCACAGCUCUGGACAGUCCAUCCGGUCUUAAGGUUGUAAACAUUACAGAGUCAGAUGCACUGGCCCUCUGGCAACCAUCUUUGGCAUCUGUGGACAAUUAUGUCUUCUCCUACUCUGCAAAGAAUGCACCUGCAGUAACACAUUCCAUCUCAGGCAAUACUGUAGAGAAUGAUUUGAUUGGUCUGCAUCCCUCUACCGAAUAUACUGUUAAAGUCUAUGCUGUCAGAGGCCAACAUCGGAGUGCUGAAAUCUCUACAAAAUUCACCACAGCCCUUGAUGGUCCAAGAGAUUUGAGUGCAAGUGAGAUCCAGUCAGAAUCAGCAUUGCUCACCUGGAAACCUCCAAGGUCAACAAUUACCGGAUAUGUGCUAAUCUACGAGUCUGUGGAUGGAACCGUCAAGGAAGUUGUUGUGGGUCCAGAUACCACUUCUUACAGACUACUCGAUCUAAGCCCAUCUGCUCAAUAUAUUGCAAGGGUUCAAGCGAUAAAUGGUGACAGAAGAAGCAAGGAGAUCCAAACCAUUUUUAUAACAAUUGGGCUACUUUAUCCAUAUCCAAAGGACUGUUCCCAGGCUUUGCUGAAUGGAGAAGCAGACUCUGGUUUAUACACAAUUUAUGUAAAUGGUGACCAGUCUCAGCCCAUGGAGGUAUACUGCGACAUGAGUGUUGAUGGAGGAGGAUGGAUUGUAUUUUUACGGCGUACAGAUGGGUCAGAAGAAUUUUACAGAAACUGGAAGACAUACAGUGCAGGAUUUGGAAAUAUUAACAAUGAAUUUUUCAUGGGUCUGGAAAACCUGCAUAAACUGACCUCCCUGGGUCAGUAUGAGCUACGAGUAGACCUUCGUGAUAAUGAUGAAACUGCAUAUGCAGUCUAUGAUAAGUUUAGCGUUGGAGAUGCAAAGAGUCGCUUCCGGCUCAAGGUUGAAGGUUACAGUGGUACAGCAGGAGAUUCCAUGACUUACCACAAUGGGAGAUCAUUUUCCACAUUUGACAAGGACAAUGAUUCAGCUAUUACAAACUGCGCUUUGUCAUACAAAGGGGCUUUCUGGUACAAGAACUGUCACAGAGUAAACCUUAUGGGUAGAUACGGUGACACAAACCACAGUCAGGGUGUCAACUGGUUCCACUGGAAGGGACAUGAAUACUCAAUUCAGUUUGCAGAAAUGAAGAUAAGACCAGUAAGCUUCAGAAAUCUUGAAGGAAGGCGGAAGAGAGCAUAAGGACUAGCCUAUAGCAGUUAUGAGAAGUGGAAGAAGAGGUGGAAGGACUGACUGUAGUAUCCUUUGCUACAGCCUGCCCACCUACCCCAACUUCACAACUCAACCACAAAAAAAAGAAGUGUCUUAUGGAAAUACCACAGUGUCUUAAGUAUUUCAUUGCUUGAUGAACCUGCAGGAUUACAGUUCAGCAGGCUUGUCCAGUUGCAUUUCUACCAAUCAGCUUUCAUUGUCUGUGGCCCAAACAACACCAAAGACUUUCUUAGGCAGCUAUGUAUGCCUACUGCAUCCUCUGCUUGCAAGGCAGGCAAGAAAAUGGGAAAGAAAAAAAGGGAACAAAAAAAGUAAAAAAAAAAAAGAAAUAAAACACACAAACCGAGAGAGUAGAGAAGUAGUUUUAGAUACAGUACCAUCAUAUUUUUGAGAAAGGUAUUGUUUGUGGCUAAAGUGAAGUUUGUUUUUAUUGUUUGGAUAGGGAGGCAACAAAAUAAAUGAUACUUUAAGCUAUAGAAUGAUAAUAAAGCUACAGAAGAAAAUAAAAAGAUUGGGGGGGGAUCAAAAUUACUUGUAAUGUAGACAAAAAACUGUAAUAAAAUCAACCCCAUUAGAAAUAGUAUUGUCCUUGAUGCUGGAAAGGUUUUACACCAUACAGAAAAAAACUCUUGGAAUCACGUCAACCAUUCCUUACUCCUUAUCAAAACCAGACUCUGUGUUUGGUUAAUAUUCUAAUCUAUUAUCUCUAUUUAUGCAGUUACAAUAAUAUAUAACAUAGAAGCCCAUAAUAUAAACAGCAAACACAAAAAUAUGGCUUUGUAUGAGGGUUUCCUCAUACCUGUGUUUUUUGCCUUUACUCAUCCAAUCGUGUUAUGUGACACCUUUUCCUAUGAACAUAUGGACUGACAUGGAAUAAAUGAUUUCAGAAGGUGAUCCAUUGCUUUGGCAAAACACACCAAAAGCUGUUACAUUUUGGUUGGGAGAUGGAUCCAAGACCUUUUAAAGUUUUAAAAACUCAGGGAUGACGUCUCUGUUAGUAUUCUCGCCUAGGCUGUUAUGGAACCAAUUCUGUAUGAGAUAGGUGUCACAAGGUACCAUGUUAUCUGCAGGGUUCCAUUAAGCAGCAAUCGGAAUGGUUCAAUCUGCACAAAAAUCUCAACAGGAAACACAGGUGGGUUUUUUGAAGCCUAUUUCCAAAUCACUAAGCUUUUAUUGGAUGUCAAGUGAACAUAGUUUGUGUGUGUACUCCUGUGGUGGCUUUUGAUAUUCCCAUUACAAUGAAAAAUUUGUUCAAACAAUAAAGGGAUUUUGGUAUCGCAGAGUAAAAUUAAAUUCCGCAGCAGGAUUGCGUUUUUUUUUUUUUUUUCAUUAUAUUUUAAAUAAUUUUAUUAAAAAAAUUAAAAUGGUGAAAAAGGGAAAAUAUUGUAUUGAUGUAGAUAUCGGCACAGCAGAAACUCAUAAAGGGGUCCCUUUUUAUUUCACUACAUGUAUUAGGAAGAGUCUGGGAAGUUUCUAAAAACCUUUUUUCAUUGGCUGCGGUGGCUGCAAAACCCUUCUGCAACUUGCAGACACCCUUGAAAAGGAAAAGGUUAAAGGUAAAUGUAAUUAUUUUUAGGAAUUUUGAAAAAAUGGCAAGUUCUCCCUGUUGCAUUUCUUAUGUACCAUACUCUUUAAUCAAUGACAAUGAAAUAAAAGUUGUUUGUUGUAUAAAACGCA